GCAGCUCUCAGUGAGACUGAGUCAGUGUUUGUUAAGAGAACAGAGGAACAUGGCUUCAUCCUUUCUCAGGGUCUCCCUGCUCUUCAUCAGCCUCUACACAGCAGAUGGAUAUCUGUAUUACAACACAGUCCGUUGUGACUUUAACUCGUCUGAUCUGAAGGACAUCGAGUUCAUCAGGUCUGAAUAUUUCAACAAGUUGGAGCUCACCAGGUUCAGCAGCAGUUUGGGGAAGUUUGUUGGAUACACUGAGUUUGGAGUGAAACAGGCUGAGAACUGGAACAAAGAUCCUUCAGUUCUGGCUCAGAUGAACGCUCAGAAGGAGACGUACUGCAAACACAACAUUGAAGUUGACUACCAGAAUGUUCUGACUAAAUCAGCUGAGCCGUAUGUCAGACUCCACUCUAUGGCACCCCCUGGUGGUAAACAUCCAGCCAUGUUGGUCUGCAGCGUCUAUGACUUCUACCCCAAACAGAUCAGAGUGACCUGGAUCAGAGACGGACAGGAAGUCACCUCUGAUGUCACGUACACUGAUGAGCUGGCAGACGGUGAUUGGUACUACCAGAUCCACUCUCACCUGGAGUACACGCCCAGGUCUGGAGAGAAGAUCUCCUGUAUGGUGGAACAUGCCAGCCUGAAAGCUCCUCUGAUUACUCACUGGGACCAGUCCAUGUCUAAGACUGACAGAAACAAAAUCCUCAUCGGAGCCUCAGGACUGAUCCUGGGUCUGGUGGUCUUUCUGGCUGGAUUCCUCUACUACAAGAGGAAGGCCCGAGACCUAUCCAAGUCUGAUUCUGAGAGGAACAAGAUGGCCUUUGGAGCCUUAGGAUUGAUCCUGGGUCUGGCGCUAACUGCAUUCUUCUUCUACAAGAGGAAGGUCGAAGACCUGUCCAUGCUGGAGUUUCAGAGGAACAAGCUCAUCAUCGUGGCAUCAGGACUGAUCCUGGGUCUGGUCUUAUCUCUGGCUGCCUUAAUCUUCUACAGGAGGAAGACCUGCGGUCAGAUUCCUGGUUCAAAACCAGUUCAGACCAGUUCAGACCAGUUUAAAAAGGCUUAUCCUACCUUCUAGUCUCCACAGCACUGUGGAGGAAGGUCUGGCUACACCACAGAUGCAUUUUGGGAUAAGAGAUAGCUCUGGGUUGUUUGCAUUUCUUUAAACCAAUCACAAUGAUCUUGGGCAGCACUGAGCUCUGGAUGCAGCACCGCUGGCUCUGCUGAACAGUCUCAGGAAGGGACUGGUUCAAAAGAGAACACCACAUACAGUAUUACAUGAAGUUUACUGUUGACACAACACAGUAAUGUGAGCUAUUUAUAUUAGCUGAUAUAAGGUUAAACCUCAUUGGCUCUUGUGUGAGAACAGCAACACAGAGAGAAAGAAAGACUUUAUCCUGAAAAUUAACUUUGUUGAUCCAGACUCCCAACAGUCAGACCAGUUCAGUUUUAACCCUUGUGUUGUCUUCCCGUCGACCAUGAAGUUGUCUUUCCAAGUCAAAAUAGAAAAUUAAAUUAAACUUUU